AGGGCUCCGCAAAACACUUGCCAGGCGCGAGAAGGGCUGCCUCGGCGCCGUGCGGACAGCUUGGACCGCUUCGCCGCGCAGGGCUGCUUGAACGACCCGCGGACGGCGGCGCGAAGAGCCAGCUCCUGCAGCUAGCUCCUGGGAGCAAGGGCUGCCCAGGACCAUGGCCGACGAGCCGGAAGAACCACGGCGAGAACCGACAACCUACAUGAGCAAGGACGGCUACGCUCUACCGAUCAAGGCUCAUAAGCACGAGGCGUCCGGCCUGCGACCGCACGCGAAGGCGUUUAUCCGACGGAACCAGAAGAUCUCGAGGCUCGCCAAGGAGUUACUACCUCCACAACAUCCCGACGCGAGCGUACCGUUGAGAAGCCGAGCUCGACAUCUGCGCCCGACGCGGCGCCACGACGACUUUUCGACAAGUCACAAACCUGUCAAGUGGUAUGAGCAGAAGAGUUUUAGUCGGUCCCAGAAAUACGCGACCCGAGAAGUACGACGGCGCGCCUUGUCCGAGACGCACCCCGUGCCGUUGAUGGGCCAGCACACGCCCUUCCACGGUGCUAGAUACGCGCCGGGGCCCGUGCCUACCGGAGUGAAAGCACCUCCUAUCAAGCUCGCCGAGAAAUUGAAAGUAAUGGGCAACUGGCCCCUACCGGACACGCCGCGGUGCGCCGAGAUGCAUCUUGCUGAGUUGAAACUGCAGGAAGACAUUGAGACGAGAAAACGAGACGAGGCAUUGCGACUCGAGAAACUGAAAGAAGAGAAGGCCAAAGCUGAUGCUGAAUUCCGGGAGAUGCGUCGCGCAGCGGCCAAGGCCGCGGGCCUCCCGAGCCCGCCCGCGACGCCGUCGGUCCGUUCUCUGGACUCGUCCGACGGCUUCGACUCGGUCUCGGAUUCCGGGCGUUCGUCGUUAGACAGUCCACGUUCGAGGCCGUCCUCACCAGUCAAGAGCGACGCGUUAUCGAAAGAGGUAGCCAAGCGCGGCUCACCUAAGAAGCGGCGCCGCCGCAAGAAGGAGAAGCCGCUGUCGAAGCCUCUAGUGCCGCCGCCGCACGAGCCGAUACAAAUAGAACUACCUAAAUCGCAAGGUUUAGGAGCAUUGCUCAACUUGGGUGCGGGCAUCAACGACCAGGUGCAACGGCAGCUCCUGUGGCACUGGCGCACUGUAGUAAGGUGCUUCCGAGUACCAUUUACGGAAGUAGCGUGGCCGGUAUGUCCUCCCGAAGCCAUGGUGCAGAUCAAGGGCAUGUUCGACGGGAGGUCUCCGCCCGGUUCGCUGCGAGCGCGGAAGGUCGCCGAGAUCUUCCGCUAUUUACAAUUCACUGAUAUCGAUUGCAUCCGAUUGAUCGAGACACGGUUCCCAGAGUACUUGGACGGAGUAUGUACGAGGGACGCCGACGGCGACGGCGAGGACGACGGCUUCUGGACGCUGCGUUCGAAAGAUUGCAUUGACCCUCCGUAUGACCCCGAGGCUCCUCCGUCAAAAGCGGACGCAUUUGUUCCCUACCAGGACUUUCUCGAGGCGAUGGCGCCGACUCCUCCUGAACUCGCUCGCAUCCAGAAGUACUACAAGGACCAGGACAAGGAACGCAUCGAGAAUGAACGCCGUCUUGCAGAAAGGAAGAAAAGACGUAGAGCCAAACAGCUGGAGCUAAGGAAAGGCGCCCUGUCCGACCUCCAGGAGGCCUGGGACGACUGGCCGCCUCGGUCCUUGCGCGGCGCGUCACUCAUCGCGGCGCCUUCGUCGACACCGGGACGGCUGCUCGACGACGCCAUCGACGCGCCGCCUGCGGCCGAUCGCGGCGAGGGCGUCGCGGCGGCGCCGAGAGAGCCACCGAGCCGACACCUAGAGCGUCGACGGCGUUUGGGACAGCACACUCACCUAUCAAUACACGCAGGUUGAAACGAGGCCGGCCCCCGUACACGACGAAAGAACGCCAACCGGCGAUGAUUUAUGUUAUAGAAUGCGGGGCCGAAUUUGAGGUCACUGGAGAUAAAAAGAAGGGUCUCGCCGCUGCCGCGUUGUACGCGGCGUCGGGCGUCGCGCAUGUGCGACUACGCUCACCUGGUUUAAAACAGUGCCUCUGGAACUGCUGCCUGGAAGGCAUGGGGUACGGUGGUUAUUCUGCCUCGGAAAUCGUGGAGACUUUCAGGGUCUAUACGGCGGAACGGGUCCAGGCCGUCUGGCGGGCGCGUAAUGGCGAAGGCGCGAAGUGGGCGCGCGUGCGCGAAUUGUUCCGGCGACGGGAUUUGGAGAUCCUGAGGAUGGUCUACGGCGCGUGGUGGCCCUGUACGCGGCGGCAACGGUUCUUGCGGACCUUCGUCUAUCGGAAGCUCAUCGCGUGGGCGUGGUGGGCGCGGGGCGUGGCGAAACGCAAGAACCUGUUCCGACUGACCUUCUGGCCGCUGCGGACGUGGCGCAUCGAGGCUCGGAGAUGUUACAACGCGCGCGAGAAGGCCAAGUUCCUGAAGAUUAUAUGGCUCAAGCUCACGAAGAAGCGGCACCACAACGCGUGGUGCUGACUCAGCGUCUGUUUCCGAACGUUUCCGAACUUCAAGUUUGCGUCGACGGCGUCUCCAUGAGACCGCGCCGCCUCGACGCCGUCGAUGCGGCCGUCAGAGAGUCUACGCGUCUCGUGAGUGAACGGAGACAGUUUCGCGACGGUGUCCGUUCCACACAGGAAGAAGUGGGUCCAGAAGCGCGUGCGAGACCGGGCGAAGGCCGAUAGGCACUAUCGGGAGUACUACCUGACCGAGCAGGAAGGGGCCAAGUGCUUUUCUUGUUGGUUGUCCUUUGCGAGGCAACGACGGCUCUUGCGUAGAAGGUGGUACCAGCGGCCUAAGGGUGGUGAGGCUCUCCGCAAACGAUGCAUCCGGGGCCGGAAGCUGCGCGCUCUAAUAGUGUGGAAGUACUACCAGUUUCUAGCGAAGCACUGCAAGCUGCGCGCGACGAGUUGGUUUAGACGUAUAAGGAAAGAUGAUGAGUCAAGACGGGUCCUGGCGCGGGAGGUGUCGCGCUCGUCGGGCGUGAAGAAGCACGAACUCACGCAGGAGCUGGCGGAGUUCGAUCGCUUGCGUGUGAAUCCGCCGCCGAUCCCGACACCUGCUCAUGCAGCAUGCUUCUACGUCGCCCCCUCCGAUGCUGAGUUAGAGAGGAGAGAGGCGUAUCAGCAUCAAAAGAAGCUGCGCAUGAAGGAGCACAAGAAACUUGUAUUAGCUGGUAGGAAAAGAGCCAAGGCCUUCAACGCGAGUGUCCGUUCUCGGACGAACCAGGAGGUGCGCAACGAGAAGCGGAAGCGCGAGAAGGACGAGGACGCAUCUCAAGCGCGUUUGGCGGUCGAAGCCGCCAUGGACGCGUUCGAGACGAAACGGUGCACGGAAACUACACUAAAUGAAGACCAGCAAUUACUGUGUGCGCCUCUACUGGCGUAUUUCGAGAGCAAGGUGUUCCCGCGCGAGGUGAGUGCCGCGUACCUGCGGUACUGGCGCGCGGGGCCCGCGGCUCUCGAGUUGCUGCGAAGUUUCGCGACGGAGAAGCGUCCGUGCUCCCGCGUCCCGUUUUACGCCAUCGACGUGAUGGCGUGCUGGUGGGGUCGACACCGCCUCGACGCCGUCGCCGCGACGUCGCGCCGCCUCCACGCCAUCGACGCUUCGGUUCACGCAGGCAAGGAGAACCGCGCCGACCUCUGCUACGCCUUCCGCUGUAGACAGCGCAUGUGGCAGACCUGGCGCGCCUACGUCGCGAAAGAAAAGCAGCUGAAGAAGAAGCUCGCCAAGGAAGAAAAGGAGCGCCUCAAGCGCGCCAAGGAGAACGCGAAGAAGCGGGCGUCCAGAGACCGCCUCAAAGCCGAGGAACAGGCCGCUAAAGACGCCGCCGCGGCCGAGAAGGCCGCGAAGGAGCCUCCUAAACAGAAAAAGCGGCGCGCGUUCGCGGCGGGUGACGUGUUCCGGUCCCGCGUGACGGCCGGGCACAAAGUGAUAGAGGAGGAGAAGGUUGAUCUCGACCAGAAGUCCCCGGAGAAGCCAGAUCCGUACGCCGAGGACCGUCGCAAGCAAUCCGCGCAGCUGAAGAAGAUCCAGGGCUACUUGCAUCGCGCGCAGACGAUCGUCAAAGAAGUCAGAAUUCAACAGGCCCAGGAGAAGGAGGAAGAUGAGCGCGAAGCCCGCCGAAAGGCGCGAGAAGAGAUGGAGAUGAAGGCCUUCCUCGAGGAUAAAGAUGAGGCGUUCGCGGAGGCGCAUCAGCGCGCCCUCGAGUGGACGGACGACUUCGCGGUCUACGCCGAGAAGAAGUGCGUCGAGACGUUGCAGCGAGUGCAGCGCGAGGCGCAAGCUCAUUAUGACAAGCAGCUAUUAAGGCAGUCGUUGCGACUUAUAAGGUUACCGUGGGCCGAGAAGCGCGCGAUCGCGCUCAUGAACCGGCAGAAGAUGCGGAACUUGCUGCGGUUGUGUGCUGGGUGGCGGAAGGUUGAUAGAUCCAUGCCGAAGUAUUGGAGGUUGAGGACCAAGUACCACUGCUUCCUCGACUGGAUUCGGCUCGUGAAGAACCAUAAGCUCUACCGCACUUCUUCGGUCAAAAAGAUGCUCCUGAAAAGAAAACAUCGGGCCUUCGCGUCGACGCGCUUGCUGAAGGAACGCGGCGCGCGCCGGUGCCGCUCGAUCCACCAGGACAAGUGGGCCGAUCUGAAAGCCGUAUUUUGCCGCUGGUCUACGUACGCCUUCGACCAGAUCCGGUGGAGGUACAUGACUGUCCUUGGGACGAAGCGCGUGCGCCUCAAGCUCCUGCAGAAGAUGUUUAGCGUGCUGAAGAGCGAGGCGGGCUUCGGCGUCAUCGCUGGGAGGACGCCGUGGGUUAGGAGGAUUGACGCCGACCUGGGCGUCUGUUCGCUCUACUUCGUGGCACCUCGGCGCAAGACCGACUUGCUGAACAACCUGCGGAAGUCGAACGCGGUCCAUAGAAAGGCGGUCGCGGAUGGGGCGCGGAACGGGCCCACGUUCAAGAAGUUCAUGGAUUCCGUCGGCGGCGCGGCGAUGGCGCGCCUGUACUCGGAGCAGGCUAUGUUGCUCAAGGCCUUCGAGCUGAAGGGCGAUUUGAGAUAUAAGGAUGUCGAUAGCCGUGUGGAAAUCGAAUUUAGGGCGCCCCACGCCAUCGACGCGAUGCCCUACCUCACCGGUCGAUGUCCACACAGGUCGACGUGGCCAUCCAGAGUCCGCCGGACGCCGACACCGAAGCGGCAGAGUUCAAGGACGUCGUCUGCCCGCCGGGCGUGAGGGUAUGCGCGGUUAGAGUCAUCGCCAGGCGAAACUGGGGCGUCCUGGGCGUCGGCACCGAGCUCGAAGGAGAUGGUGAUAAGAUCGACAGGCCGUUCCGGGGUGGUAGCAACGGCGGCAAGUUCGUGAAGGAGACUUUUGCCCUCGGCGAGUUCGAGCAUCUUACUGGUAUAGAGAUACACUGCUCGCAGUCGGUGGUGGAAGCGAUCCGAUUCGAAGCCUCGACCUUGGGAAAUGUGCGAAAAGACCGCAAGGACGGCAUGGCCGGCGCCGAAAUGUUCGAGCGGAAGCGGUGGUGCGGCGUGAGCAAGACCAAGACCCGCUGGAGCAAGCUCUACGGCGAGGUGUCGAGCCUCGCGCCGCGGAUCUACACGAUCAGGGGCCCUGACGAAGCUGCUAUUGUUGGUUUGAGGGGCCUGGCGACGUCGUCGCGAAUCAUUGGGCUCGGGGCUGUCUGUCGCGUGGUAGCAGAGGAGGGGGUGUUCUCGACGGCGUGGACGCGGCCCUUGCGGGCACCGACGGAGAAAUUACCAGCCAUCCAUUCCGCGACCGCAAACAAGGAGUCGACCAAAAAACGCUGGCAAAAGAUGCGAAGCACCAAGCGGCUCAUCGGCGGCGGUUUGGUAGCUAAGGGCAGCCGGGACCAAGUCGACGUCUUCGCAGCUAUCAUUAAGAUGCGAAAAACCGACGCGACCGAGGGGAUCAAACGGUGCGAGGCCUUCGCCCGAAGAGUGUGGACGUCCAACAUCUUCCGGGCCGACCCUAACUUGCGCCCGCUGCUCAACAUCAACAUCAUGAUGCAAAUGGCGCGAUGGCUAUUCAACGCCAUCGCCGCGCCGCUCCCGCCGAUACCCAACAAAGAUGACAAAUUUAAUGUCAGAUUCGAGCGAGCGGAAGCAAAAUUGAGCGACUGUAUUAAGCAACAGGAGAACGCGUUGUGGCAAGAGCGGAAGGUUGGGAAGAGGCGCGACGACCACACGAAGGCGCUAGCCAUCGCUGCGGCGACGCCUCGGGAGAAGCAGAACCCGCAACAGCGGAUGAUGCUGGCGAAUAGAGCAAUGAAUUCUCCAAUGUGGAGAGCUAGGGAGUCGCGGCGAAAUAUCCGGGAUGACUGUGACCUCGCGAAGGCGGCGUCGGACCACGCAAUCGCUACGUCGCAGCGCGCCCAGGCGCAGAUGAUGGUCGAUAUCUGCCAUGAUAAGAUUAUCUGGCUGGAUCCGAGAGCGCCUAGAGUCCGCAAGAAAUUUAAACGCCUCAUAGCGCUAGCGCGACGUCAAAUCCAACUCCAGGGCGACCACGAAGGUGGAGCUGUCAAGUUCCUCGAGGACAUCAAGGAGACCUGUGAGUUGCCUCCCACCGCUGGUGGGCCGCUGCCGACGAGGGUCUUCGAGCGCGCACUGGAUGGUCUCCAUGUAAAGAAGCAAAAGGAACUGCGAGAGACCAAGCGCGCGGAACGGCGCGCUGAGUACGAGCGCCAACUCAUACUGGCCGCUCGGACGGCGAACGCGCCGGAGCCGGCGCCCUACUCCGACGUGGAAACGGAGGAGAGCGAGAGUCUCGACGGGUGGGGCUAGAGGCCUAACGUGUAUUUGUGUUACUUCUGGUGCAAGGGCGGGGGACUUCGU